UGGCGGGGCUGUGCGGGCAGCAUGCGGCGGGGCGCGCUCCUGGCCGGUGCCCUGGCUGUCUACGCCGGGUACCUGGCGCUAGGCGCGCUGCUGGUGGCUCAGCUGGAGCGGCCGCACGAAGCCCGGCUGCGGGCGGAGCUGGGGACGCUGCGGGAGCAGCUGCUGCGGCACAGCCCGUGCGUGGCGGCAGCCGCCCUGGACUCCUUCGUGGAGCGGGUGCUGGCGGCGGGACGGCUGGGACGCGCCGUGCUGGCCAACGCCUCGGGAGCAGGCAACGCUUCGGACCCAGCCUGGGACUUCGCCUCGGCGCUCUUCUUCGCCAGCACUCUGGUCACCACCGUGGGCUAUGGCUACACGACCCCACUGACAGAUGCAGGCAAGGCCUUCUCCAUCGCCUUUGCGCUCCUGGGCGUGCCCAUCACCAUGCUCCUUCUGACUGCGUCGGCCCAGCGUCUGUCACUGCUGCUCACCCACGCACCCCUGUCCUGGCUGAGCUUGCGUUGGGGGUGGCACCCCCGGCGGGCAGCCCGCUGGCACCUGGUGGCCCUGCUGGCGGUCAUAGUGGCUGUGUUCUUCCUGGUGCCAGCUGCGGUCUUCGCCUACCUUGAGGAGGCCUGGAGCUUUCUGGAUGCUUUCUACUUCUGCUUCAUCUCCCUGUCCACCAUCGGCCUGGGGGAUUAUGUGCCUGGGGAGACCCCCGGCCAGCCUUACCGGGCCCUCUACAAGGUGCUUGUUACAGCAUACCUCUUCCUGGGCCUGGUUGCCAUGGUGCUGGUGUUGCAGACUUUCCACCAUGUGUCUGACCUCCAUGGCCUCACUGAACUCAUCUUGCUGCCCAAUCCGGACCCUGCCAACCUCAGCCAGGAUGAGGACGACCAGGUGGACAUUCUGGACACCCAGACAGAUCUGCACCAGCACCUCUCGGCUGGCUCCCACGCUAACUACGCCACCAUCCCCAGGUAGCUGGGAAGGUGCUCAGCCUGGACACACCUGGCCUGGGCUUUGGCCCCACGUGACUAGAGUGGGCCAACAGGAAUGCCCAUACACGCUCCUGUCUUUCCCAGCACUCCACUGGGAGGUGAGGUGCUCCGUGCCCGUGUCCUCGGCUCCUCAGGGAGCUACCACAGUCACUUUCUCCUCCUUCCUUUCCUCUCAUUUCUUCUCAUACUCUGGGCACUUGGGCUUUCUGACGUCAUUGGUGGGUGGUGGUUUAAUGCGUUUUGUGGUUGCUGUUUUCUCAUUCUCUUACCGAGUAUCAGUCACCACCUCAGUUGCUGGCUCUGGGCUCUGGGCCUGGACUUCACUCCAGUCACUGUCUUAGGGGCUCUGUCUUGGCCAAAUGAUUUCCGCAUUCUGAACCUUGAUAGCUCAGCUGUCUGAUGUGAAGACUAUUUGAACUCAUCCACAGACCCUCGCUUCUGUCCUGCUCUUCUGUGCCAGGCACAUAGUAUUAGAAGCGGCUUGGGCCCUGUUCUUACGGGCCUCACUGGCCAGCGAGGUUGACUCACCUACUUGUCCCUGGACAGUGACAAGCCUCAAUAGGCACUGGAAGAGGCAGAGUAGUUAGGACUGAGGAACAGCCCUGAAGUGUCCAGGUGGGCUUCCUGGAAGAAGGGACAAGAACGAACCCAAGACCUGCCAGUCAAGAGAAAAGAUUGUCCCUUCUUCUCAGGUGUCUAUGGGUCAUAGUACCUGUAGGAAGAGCCCUGGGAUGGGCCAGCAUCUCCCUCAAUGGCUUAGCAGGCAAGGAACUAAUCUAGGAUAUGAGCCCAGAUCCAAGUAGCAUGAGGGGUGCCGCUUAGCAUAGAUGCUGUGUUGUCUGUUUCCUGGGCACUAACUGAUGGCCCUGGGCUCUGGAGCCAAUCUUCCUGGGGGUACCCUGUGACCAGGCCAUGUCCUGCCCAUGCUUUUGAACAGUCACUCUACCUCUGGACCCUGUGUCUGCUAAAUGGUGACCAUAAUAAUACUUCUCCAAAAGAUGACAUCAGCCAGGUGCAGUAUUACGUGCCUAUAAUCUAUAAGCUGAGGCAGGAGGCUUAAGAGUUCCAGCCCAGAGGGGCUCAGGAGGAGGGAAGAGGGGGAUCUUUGAUUGGUGUGUAAAAUGAAUGAAAAAAAAAUUUCUUAAAAAAAAAAAAAAAAAAGAGUUCCAGCCCAGGCUGGGAUACACAGCAGGAGCCAGGUGAUAAAAAUAAUAUACAUAAUAAAGUAAUAAAAUAAUAAUAAUAAUACAUAUAAACAAAGGAAUGUAGUGCCAGGCUAAAGGGACGUGAGAGCAGGCUGCAGAAGGGCACAUGUCCUCCUGGCUGGGACUUACUGUAUUUAUACUUUUGUAUCACUUAGGAAGGGUUUGGCUGUUGGUAACAACCCCGGACUGGCCUGUCUGAGAUAACCUAAUUGUUACAUUGUACUUGGACAGAGCAUGCCUGGGGAGAGCCGCCGGCCUGAUACCCUCCACAGUUACGGAGGGCUGCUGGCCCUGGGUUCAGCCUUCCUCUCCUGCUUCUCUCCACUGAAGGCUUAGCUCCCAUGUGCGUUCUCCUGGUGUCCACAUGGCUGCCACAGACCCAGGCGUGGAAACCAGACAUGCUCUUUCUAGUGCAAGCAGUAGAAAGUUCAUCCGGCGGACUGAGAGUUUUAAGGAAGGCUAGCUCAUCGUCAGAUCGUGCUAGAAAGUCACACAAGGAAACGAAGUGUGGUGGCACACACCUGUUGUCCUAGCACUGUGGAGGCAGAGGCUGAAGGCUAGAGAAGCUAGCCAGGGCAACUUAAAAACAAAUAACAACAACAUCAAACUCCAAGGGGACCUGGGAGGUUCUCAGUGGUGGAGCAUGUCUAUCCCAGGAGCUGAACGAAACAAUUUACCAUUAUAGCGGCUGGGAAAAUGGCUCAGCCAGGCAGGCACAAAGGCCCGAGUUUAUCCCCAGCACCUACAUAAAAAAUGCUAGAUGUGGUUGUGCAGGACCCUGUAAUUCCAGUGCUGGAGGGGGUGGGUGGGACUAGGGGGUCCUCAGGGCAAAUCAGUUCUCCAGGCUCCAGGUUCUGUGAAAGCUCCAGCAUCCAAAAUCAGGGUAGAAGCUGGGCCCUGUGGCACACCCCUUUAAUCCCAGCACGUGGGAGGCAGAAUCUGGUUCAUCUCUGUGAGUUUGAGGCCAGCCUGGUCUACAGAGUGAGUUCCACAGCAGUUAGAGCUUCAUAGUGAGACCCUGUCUCUACAACACAACUAAAAAAAUAAAAAUAGUGUGGAAAAUUAUUGAGGAAGAAACUGUAUAUUAAACUCUGGCUUCCACAUGCAAACUCAUGCACACACGUUCGGGCGGGCACACACACACACACACACACACACACACACACACACACACACGCGCGCGCACACACACGCGCGCACACACACACACACACAAUGAAAAAUCUGAGCCAGCCAAUCACUCCUGGGGGAAAGCGCUUGCUGAGUAACCCUGACGGUCAGAGUUAGUGCCAUCCUUGGAACCCACAGGGGACGGAGAGAAGCAACUCUCCAAAUUGUAUUCCUCGUUGUAGAAGGUCCUCGGACCUCCACACAGGUACAACUGUGUCAUAGACUCCCAGGCCUCCCUCUGCAUGUCGUCCAUGCGUGAAGUACAUAUUCGUGUUUGCCAUCAUCUGCCACCGUGUAGGGUGCUACAGACUGGGAAGCGGUGAUGGCUGCCGGCUCCGGAGGCAGAGCCCUCUGGGUGAGUUUGAACCCUGAUGUCCCUGUGUUUCAGUUGUGCCUCAGGUCGCUUGUUUGUGAAAUGGGAUUUGUACAGCUCUACCUCAUGGACUUCAACACUCAGCAGUUUAAUCUCUCUAUAUCCCAGAGGACACCGUCUGGGAGUCAUCACAUGCUAACUCUUCCCUCCUUUCUGAAUUCUGCUUCUUAAUAAGGAAGAUCGAUUAAGAUAGAAAUGCUGGGCUGGAGAGAUGGCUCAGAGGUUAAGAGCACUGGCUGUUCUUCCAGAGAUCCUGAGUUCAAUUCCCAGCAACCACAUGGUGGCUCCCAACCAUCUGUAAUGAGAUCUGGUGCCUUCUUCUGGCCUGCAGACAUACAUGCAGGCAGAUCACUGUAUACAUAAUGAAUAAAUAAUGUUUAAAAAAAAGAUAGAAAUGCCUUAAUAACAUGUUCUAUUGUAUUCUUAUUAAAAUUUUUUAUCUAUGUGUGUGUAUGUGUCUAUGUAUAUCACAUGUGUGCAGGUGCCCAUGCGGACUAGACGAGGGGGCCAGAUCCCCUGGACCCGGAGUUACAGACAAUAACUGUGAGUUGCCUGACAUGGGUGUUGGGAAUUAAACUCAGGUCCUCUGGAAGAGCAGGACAUGCUCUUAACCACUGAACCAUCCUGCAAGCUUUCCUCUAACAUGUAGACACAUGCAUACACAUACAUGCACACCAAGUCAAUAAAUAAAUGUAACUACUUUAAAAUUUCAUUAGGUCUGUGGGCUUGCUUCUGCAGAACAGCACUUGCUGGGCAUGCACAGAGUCCUGGGUUCAAUUCUCAGUAUGGCA